AUGGUAAGUGCAGAGUACAAUGGCCUAGUGCGACGGCAGCAGGAAAUUGUCACAGAGUAUCUUCCUUUCUCUUCCAUUAUAUACCCACUCCGAGUCCGUGUCCACAACAUGAGUUGCAAUCCGAUGCGACUGCCAACGGAACACAUGAGCAUAACAGCGUAUGCGGUAGGCACACGGAGAGGGAAUAUGAGUCGGACUCAUUUUCUGCUGAGACUACAUUAUGGACUCCUCCCCCUUAAUGCAUGCGCGCUUCCCAGCAAACUACCGGGCGGGAAAUCAAGUAGCCCACUGAAAGCCGUACCCUUCGAUAGGCUAAUCGACAAGGCCCCUUCAAAUCUCGAGCAGCACGAAGAAAAGGCCGAUAAUUCCAUCAUGCGUACUCCUGCUCGUCACCCAGAAGAGGAAACCGUUCCACGGACAAACGCCCCUUUAGGCAAAAUAACAUACCCCAAGGCACUGUUCCCCUACGCGAUAUUCCGACAGCCCCAGGAGAGGCUCAAUUUGCAAUGA